AUGAGGCCACUAGGCGCUUCAAGUGCCAUGGCUUCGGCCAUACUCAAGGAAGCUGCUCGGGGCCAGACCUUAAGGACUCUUGCCGAAGAUUCGGCUCCAAAGAACACAAGGAAAAGGACUGCACAGAGCCAUCAAAGUGCGCAGCCUGAAACCGAGCGGGUCUCAAGUCAGGGCAGCACAGACCCGGCACUGCAGCCUGCAAAGCCAGGUACGUGGCUGAGUCCUGGCGCUCAAAAAACCGCCGUAAUGAUUAACUUCCUGCAAGUUAAUCUGAACGGGUGCUGGGCCGCCCAACAGCUCCUGGAUAUGCGGAUAAUGGAUGAACCCCAGAACGGGAAUUCGAGAGCGGCGGGCUCACGAAGAGGAGGUUACCGGUACGAGUAUUCCAAGACGACUGGCUUCUGCCGGUCCGCGAAGAUGACACUCAAGAGCUACUCUCUAGUUAUAAAACUAACAAACUACUAUUACAAACUUACUAUAUUCUGCCGUUACUAA